GCCCCUCCCCGGCCCGCCCGCCUCCCCCUCCCGUUACACCCGGGGGAAGGUGUUCCCGAGACCGCUCCCAUCCUCACCCCGCCUCCCCGCUUCCCCGGCUCCAGCCUCCGCCGGCGGAGCUCCACUAUGCCAGACAGUUUCGACACUUUGCAAAGACAAAGACCAGAGGGAGGAGGAAGAGGAGGACGAAGAGGAAGAGGAGGAGGAGAGGAGAAAGGGGCGAUGUGAACUGGGAAGGGGGCGAGUGUUCGGGACACCCCCUUUUGAUUCUCCUCCGACUCCCCUCAUCCCCCGAAGCCCAGGAAACUUUCGCGUGUCUCCGGCCGCGAUGCAGAAACUGAGGCUCAGAGAGGUUAAGGAACUCCCCAGAGGUGACACAGCUGAUGACAGACAACCCUCAGUGCCUUUGUCAAGCCGGCUGCUUCAUCGCCCCAUCUCUGGUGACAGCAUGGGCAAGACCACGUUCUAAUUAAGGAUUGUCACACACCAUCUUCUCUGGAGGGCGGUGACAAAGACAGCUUGCCCCUGUCCUGUACCACGACCCUUCCUUCGAGACCCUCACCUCCGAGGGACCCUGGACUGUCAACAAGGAUUAAUUACCCCUCAACCCCCCUGGAUGGGAAAGGAAAUCACUGUUAUCAAGCUUCGAUUAAAGCUUCAUCAGGAGACAUUAUCGGCUGUUUAAGGAUUGCUGACGAAGCAGGCCGCUUUAUUUCCUGAAAAGACAAAUUAUAUGCCAGCAGAGGCACCCCGCCACAAGUGGUCCACUUAGCCUUUGAGUAUCACGGGUGAUGUCGGGCACAGCCAGGUGGCCGUUGCCCAGCAGCAGUGGCCAUAGGAGGCUUUGAGGCUCCCUGGGGGUCCCCGCCUUGCCUUGCAGUCGAUCCUCCGUCUCUGGGAUCUUUCUUGGAAGUUCCUCCUCAAUUAGGCGUGAUUUCCUCCAGCCCAUCCCUGGGAGGCCCCCCAUCAGGCAAGCAGAAAUGGCGACCAUGAGGAAAAGGACUCUCAAAGCGCUCACGUUCCUCAUCCUCUUCAUCUUCCUCACCUCCUUCUUCCUAAACUACUCCCACACCAUGGUGGCCACCACGUGGUUCCCCAAGCAGAUGGUCCUCGAGCUCUCGGAGAACUUCAGGAGGCUCGUGAAUUACCCCCACAGGCCCUGCACCUGUGCCCGCUGCAUCGGACAGCGUGGGGUGUCCGCCUGGUUCGAUGAGAGGUUCAACCGGUCCCUGCAGCCGCUGCUGACGGCCAAGAACGCGCUCCUGGAGGAAGACACCUACAACUGGUGGCUGAGGCUCCAGCGGGAGAAGCAGCCCAGUAACUUGAACGACACCAUCAAGGAGCUGUUCCAGGUGGUGCCCGGGAACGUGGACCCCCUGCUGGAGAAGAGUUUGGUGGGCUGCCGGCGCUGUGCUGUCGUGGGCAACUCUGGCAACCUGAGGGAGUCCUGGUACGGGCCUCAGAUAGACAGUCACGACUUCGUGCUCAGGAUGAACAAGGCCCCCACGGCAGGGUUUGAGGCCGACGUGGGCAGCAAGACCACCCACCACCUCGUGUACCCCGAGAGCUUCCGGGAGCUGGCGGAGAACGUCAGCAUGGUCCUGGUCCCCUUCAAGACCACCGACCUGCAGUGGGUGAUCAGCGCUACCACCACGGGCACCAUCUCCCACACCUACGUUCCUGUCCCCAUGAAGAUCAAGGUGAAAAAGAAUAAGAUCCUGAUUUACCACCCAGCCUUCAUCAAGUACGUCUUCGACAGCUGGCUGCAGGGCCACGGGCGGUACCCAUCCACCGGCAUCCUCUCGGUCAUCUUCUCACUGCACAUCUGUGAUGAGGUGGACUUGUACGGCUUCGGGGCAGAUGGCAAAGGUAACUGGCAUCACUACUGGGAGAACAACCCGUCGGCGGGGGCUUUUCGAAAGACGGGGGUGCACGACGGGGACUUCGAGUCCAACGUGACGGCCACCUUGGCAUCCAUCCACAAAAUCCGGAUCUUUAAGGGAAGAUGACGCUGUGAAGGGCUAAGGACAGAUGCACCAGAGCGCACCUCUCCACAUCCAGCCCCAGCUUCUCGCCGGAGCCAUUGCGCUCUGGGAACUUGGAGGGCCAGCCUCAGGGGUGUGCCCAGGUGCCCCUCGCAGCCUCUUGCACCCCAACAUUUGGCAGCAUCUACUCAGCAAGGUUGCCGAGCCCUGCCGGGGCUGCAGAGCAAGUCUCAGAACCAGUCUGGGGUGGGGAGACCCCUCUCGCUGCUGUUCCGGGCUGGGGAAGGUGGGGAGAGGUCCAAUCCGAAGAUUCCCACAUUCUAAAGAAGAGGAUGGUCUCCUGGGGAGGACGCACAGAGACUCUCCUCUGCUGAGGGGUCCGGGGCCAACUCUCUGAUUCUCGCUGGGAAGUUCCUGGGUGAGGAUGACCCCCAGGACAGCCAUGUGGGGCCUCCCUCACAUGGUAGGACCACCCCACCUCCCCUUUCUGCCCAAAGCUCAUUUAUGGUGGCCAGGAAGGGCUCCUCACCCCAAAGAUCUUCAGAGACUCUAAAUAUCCAGAUGUCUCUUUCCCAAGCUGCUGUUCCCUUGAGUAAUCCAUCUUUGUGGUUAUCAUGAUGGCUGAGAGCAGAUCUGACUCCUUCCGUGUGCCUUUGUAUUGGGGAGAGAGAUGCAUGCAUUUGGCUGAAAUGAGGCAAAAGCCCCGACUUGGGAAAGGGGACCGCAGCAGUGCACUCCCCUUACUCUGUAGCUGGGGACAGUUUUCUAGUUCCCUGAGCCAGCGUCUGAGUUGGAACAAAGCUCGGAUGAUACUUGGCUCCAUCCAGAGGCCCAUCAGCCAUGGACUGUCCAUUCUUAUUUUCACAGACUGCUGGAUUUGGUGCCCGUAACCUUCCAGAGCUGUGCAGGAGGCCGCCGCCAGCCAGCAGUUUCCCCCAGGGGUCUACGCUCUGGGCCAGAUCCCUCCUGGCCACCUGUGUGGUGUCCUGGGGGUUGCAGGGUCAUCCUAGGAACGUGACCAUCAGAGGGGAGAAGUCAUACCUCAUCCUUCACGUCCCAGCUGCUCUUUCUUCCUCGUCAGCCUUCCUGAUUAUUUAUUGUUUUGUUUUUAAAAUUCAACUGACAUCAUCUGCACUUUGUGACUCAAUUGCUCUCGCUUCAGCUGGCAGCUGUGGUAUGGGCGCUCAAAGCCAGUUUUGUAGGAAUCCUCAGACUUGGGGUACCGUAGUGUCUAGGGCUUGAGGGCUUGCUGGUGGGCAGAUCCUGCGGUGUCAGGUUGGUAGGUUUGUAGAAUGCUCUGUACCUCCUUCUCUCCCAGUCCUACCUUUCUUCUUUCUCAUUAUGGGCUUAGAUUCAGUCUCAGGCUAGGAAUCGCCGAACCCAGCGGCACUGUCUUGGGGCCGGGUGGGGAGUAGAGUCACAGGCGUAAAAGGACAGUGAUUUUUGGCUCCAGUUGCUGACAUUUAAUCAAAACAAAACAAAACAAAAAAUACCAGCCCGUUUUUUUCUGUCAAGAGCAUUUCCUAAAAGGCCAUGGAUACUUUGAGGAGUUGUGACCAUGUCCUGGUCUGGGAAGCCAGGGGGCCGCCUCCGCUUCUCCCUGCAGCCCUCUGGAUAAGCCCUGCCCUCCCCAGCCUCACUUUCUCCCUCUGCAAAUGGGGAGGGAGGAAUUAUGAAGGUCACGGACCACAGAUGGCAACGGGCAUUCACAAGCAUCCCUAGAAGUCACACACCACGUUUUGUUUUUCCCCUGAGUCUCCGUAUAUGAGUAUUUUUCUGGGGACAGGUUCCAGUUUUUAUUCGAUUCUCAAAGAUUCAGGAUCCAGAAAGUGUUUUUUAAAAGCUAACAAACAAAAACCUGUUCCAGCUUUAAAAUUCUGCAAAAUUGAAGACCCUCUUGACUGAUAAAAGGCUUGUAAAUUGCUGUGAGGUCAUUAUUCCGAACAUAAAUCCUCAGAGGCUAGAGCUCAUGGGAGUACUUGACGUGAAGAAUUCAGCAAAUGUGUUGGUUGGCUGAUUAAUCCCAGGGACAAACCUUGCAGAAAUGGACACUGGCGCAGGGAGCGGUGUGGGCUGACCCCUGAACUCUCUCUUCCCUUCUCCUGAAAGCCAAGUCUGUUCAGGAUGAUGCGGUCAGAGGGAGCGCUCAGCUUUCCUGGAUGUGCUGAGACAGGUUCCCAGAGCAGACAGGUGUCCACAGCUGAGCUGCACGCCACCUGGGUCGGCCGCCUGGUCCCCACUCCACCUCUCCUUCCCACCAGGCUGUCCACUGUGAGAUGCCUUUCAGCCCUUGGAUCCCAUUUUACAGAUGAGAAAAGCAACGCCAGGGAAGGAAAGUGAUUGCAAAAGUGAACCAAUUGUGAAACAGAUUUUGAGCCGAAAUAGGGUGUUCUUGGCUCCACGCUAUAACAUCUAGAGGUGGGCUUUCCCAGCCAGGCUCAUCCAGCCCCUCAAAGAACUGUAGUCGCUGUAGGUUUCGGACUACAAGCCUCUCACCACCGGGCUUGUCAGGCUGCCCGCGGUGGCCCGAGGCAAGCGGUAACCUCAGCCUUCUCACACCGUCCUUCCAGUGGAGGAGAUAGCAUCAUGCUCUCCCAGAGCUGGGGCAGACAUCAUCUUAUGGCUUCACAACGGCCACCUAACCGAAUCCAGCCAGCCAUUGUGGCCGGGAUCAACGCACCAUUGCCUUAAACCAGCGGGGCCCACGCCGGGGUGAAGGUGGCCGAGAACUGGACAAGGGUGUUUCCCACGGGGAUUUGGCCAUCAGUGGAGGACGAGAAGCACCCACACGGGGAGGCUCCUGCGUGAACGGUGUACGCAGUCGGGCUCCCCGGGGCUCCAGGAUCCCAGCCCAGGGCUCUGUCCGCUCCGCGGGCAGAGAGCUCCUUGGAGACCAGCCCCGGGCACGAAGCAGAGGUGUCUCUGCCUGCAACCAUCAAUGCUGAGCCUGAAGCCGAAAGGCUGAACUGAUGAGGGAGAGAGAUGUCACCAACAUCCCAGACAUCUGACUCCCCCAGGGAGUAAGGAGGCUGCUUUCUCAGCUGGAGCAAAGCAGUGCCUGCAGCCACGCGACCCCUGGAGCCCCUGCUCUCACCCACCUGUAGGGGAACAAAGGAGGGUGGGUUUGUAGUAAUCUGGGGAAGAGAAGAAAGUUCUUGAAAUGAUGCCUUUAAAACCCUGGCUUCAUCAGGCAUCAUCCAGCAAACCACGUGGGCUGGGCUUAGUGGGAGAAGCCAGAUCCAAGGAAAUAGGACCUAAAAGAGAGAAGCCAGGUAAGAAGGGGGGGGGCAGGCGAUUUUUGUCACGGGGAGUGGGGUGGGUUCAGGGACCUGAUGGCAUCCCAGGCUCUGCCGUGGCCAGAACGGCCAGCGAGAGGCCAAUCCUACCUCGACGCAAUCUGGGCCUCUGGAUCAAAGGUGGAACAGAAUCACAGAGAAUAUUUAGAACUGUGAUGUUUGCUUAAACUGUUCUCUUCAAGGCAGCCUGAACCCAAAGGAAAAAUGGAAAACUGAAAAGAGCUCACUCUCUCUCUCAUGGUUGUGGUCGGAAAUGCUUUCUCCAGGGAAGCCAAAGAUGGCUGGACUCCAGCCACGUGCCAUCAGGGACUGGCAACUGUCCUCGCUCUUCCAAAGAGUUCGGAGAUGUCACUGUGUCCAUCAUGGACAUCUGGUUUGCAGCAGACGUGGCCUCAGGCCACUGGCUGGUCAUCCUCUCCUGGGGUCUGAGCUAACAAGUUUUGAGUCCUCCUCGGGGGCAGUCCACGACACCUCUGCAAAAAAAAGAAGAGGGUGUAGGAGGAACAGCGGGCCAGGCAAAACAGCAUCACAUAGUCUGUCCUUACCCAAAGCACUGCAUUUCCUGCAAGCAGCCGGCCUCUGGCCUCCUGUUUCCCUCCCAGACCAUCAGAGGUCCGUACUCAUGUUGAACUUGACCCCAUUGCUCAGCUUCUGAACUGCCAUUGUCGCCCUCCUGCCCAACAUCCUGGUCCAGGCAUCAGCUUUAACCUGGGAGCCCUCACUGGGCCCCGGUAGGAUGGACAUGGGUGCACCAUCACGUUAGCACUUAACUGAAUUCAUGUCAAAGCCAAAGUUCCCUGAGCACUUUUUCCUCUUUGCAAUCUUGUUGGGUUGGUUAGUGGUGUUUUAAAAUCUGCUUUCUUUGCCCCCCUUUGCCUCACUCCCAUGUUUUGCAGCUAAGUGUUUGUUCAUCUGGAUGCUUUUUGAAUGAAGUUGGCAAGAGUCUGCCUUCCUCAGCCUCUGCUCUGUUUCUUAUUUUUAAUUUAUUGUUGAACAUUUCCAAUGAUCCGAAUCAAAGUGAAUAAAAAAGAGCUAUUUUAUUGUU